CAAACGGCGGAAAAGGGAAGCUUUGGGCGGUGCGCGGUGCCCUCGCCUCCCCUUCCGCCGCCUGCUCCGCCCCGGGUGCUGCGGAGCGGGCCCGGCGCGCAGUUUUCGGCAUGGCAGUGGACUGGCUCGGCUUUGGCUACGCUGCCCUGGUGGCAUCAGGAGGGGUCAUUGGCUAUGCAAAGGCAGGUAGUGUUCCAUCACUGGCUGCUGGCCUUUUCUUUGGGAGUUUGGCUGGACUGGGUGCUUAUCAGGUCUCACAGAAUCCAAAUAACAUUUGGGUAUCUCUGAUUACAUCUGGAGCACUGACUGCCAUCAUGGGAACAAGAUUUUACCACUCCAGAAAAUUCAUGCCUGCAGGACUAAUUGCUGGUGUCAGUUUGCUAAUGGUUGGAAGAUUAGCACUGAAGAUGUUGGAAAAGCCCCAGGAAAAGUAAUUGUUAAUUUUACAUCUUAGUAUUUGGAAAAGGAAACCUGAUCAUGAAGUUGCGUGGAUGCAGAAGUGAGAAGAUGGAAAAAUUUUUUGCAUCAAGACAUUUUUUAAUCUUUGUUUUUUAAAAGUAGAACGAUGGGACAGAAAGUUUAUAUACAAGAUAGAGCUGUUUGUGUAUAGAGAGAAAUGAGUCCUGGGUUUGAUUUUUCUGGACAUAUUUCAAUGUAUUUUAACACUUACAUGUUUUUAUAUUCCAAAAUAUACUUCUGGCAUGUAUGAAGCAGAGAGAAAAUAUCCUGUAAUUAAGAAAAUAUCCACAAAGAGGCACCAGGAGUAACUGGCUAAAUAUAAUAAUGUCAAGCCCUUUAUACUGAGUAUUACGAUGUGCUUUACCUGUUGCACUCUGAAUUGAUAUACCAUGUCUUUAUGAAGUCAAACAGAUGUUGCCUUUUUAUUCUGAAAUGAUGAUAAAAUGGUGCUUUUCUAUAAGUAAAAUCUGUUAGAAACGUG